AGCAUCACAAUCCUACAUGAACAUAAAGAAAUGGCCUCUUAAUGUAGUUUUCUCCAUGCGACCUAGCCAACCAAACUGGCCCUCAGUCAAUUCCCGCCCUUGCUCUUCCGGCCGGCCGAAUGAGGCUUCCGAUCUGCCUCCCGCCCCACCUCCUCCGCCACCUCGACGGCCGCACCCUCUCCACGGCGCUGCUCGACCCCCUCAUCCGCACGACCUCUUCCUCGCCCUCCACCCCGCACCUCUCCUUCUCCCUCUUCCUCCUUCUCCUCCGCUCCGCACUGCGGCCCUCCCACCUCACCUUCCCCUUCCUCGGCCGUGCCGCCGCUCGCCUCGCCUCCCCCGGCCUGGCGCUCUCUCUUCACGCGCACCCGCUCCGGCUCGGACUCCUCCCCUGCGACCUCCACGUCGCAAAUUCCCUCGUCCACAUGUACGCGGCCUGCGCGCUGCCGGACCUAGCCCGCCGCCUGUUCGACGAAAUACCGCAGCCUAACCGCGUCUCCUGGAACGCCCUCCUCGAUGGUUACGCCAAGUGCCACGACCUCCUAUCUGCCCGCUGGGUGUUCGACCGGAUGCCCCAGCGGGAUGUUGUCUCAUGGAGCGCCAUGAUCGACGGGUGCGUCAAGUGCGGGGAGCACCGUGAGGCUCUCGCGUUGUUCGAGAUGAUGGAGAUCGCGGCGGGUUCUGACCAGGGCGUAAUGGCAAACGAUGUCACAAUGGUCAGCGUGCUUGGUGCGUGCGCGCACCUGGGGGACCUCGGGCGGGGGAGGCAGAUGCAUCGGCACCUUCAGGAGCGCGGCUUCCUGCUGAACCUCAAACUCGCCACCUCGCUUGUGGACAUGUACGCCAAGUGUGGGGCGAUCAGUGAGGCGCUCGAGGUGUUCCGUGCUGUGCCAGUGGCCAGCACUGAUGUUCUGAUAUGGAACGCCGUGAUUGGUGGACUUGCAGUGCAUGGGAUGGGCAUGGAGACAGCGGAGAUUUUCCGAGAGAUGCAGCACUCUGGGGUAGUGCCAGAUGAGAUCACAUACCUUGGUUUAUUAAGUGCCUGCGUACAUGGUGGUCUGGUGGAUGAGGCCUGGAGGUUCUUUCGCUCACUUGAAGCUCAAGGGCUCAGACCACAUGUCGAGCACUAUGCUUGUCUUGUAGAUGUGCUUGGUCGAGCAGGCCGCUUGGAGGAAGCAUAUGGUGUUGUUAAGAGCAUGCCAAUGGAACCCAGUGUCUCUGUACUUGGUGCUCUCUUGAAUGCAUGCCAUCUGCAUGGAUGGGUAGAGUUGGGGGAGGUAGUCGGCAGACAGCUUGUCCAAUUGCAGCCAGACCAUGAUGGCAGGUACAUUGGGUUGUCCAAUAUCUAUGCUGUUGCUAAGCGGUGGCAAGAGGCAAAGAAAGCAAGAAAGGUGAUGGAGGAGAGAGGAGUGAGAAAGAUCCCUGGGUUUAGCGAGAUUGAUGUCGGUGGAAGGCUCCGCAGGUUUAUUGCCCAUGACAACACUCAUUCUCGAUCAACAGAGAUUUAUGCCUUGCUUAAUCUUAUAGCCGUGGAGAUGAAAAUGAAGGAUGCUGUUGCUGUUCCAGAGUACUUCUGUACAGAUUGAUAGGAGGAUGGUUGCCUGGUGGAUCUAUCAAAACAAAAUCCUUGUGAAACAUUUUGAUUGUGCUUUCUGCCACUCAUGCAAUGACUACCAAAUAUUACCUAGUUGCGAGCAGAUCCCUCAAGAGCAUGGGAUGCUCAAGAGGUAGGCAUUUGAAGUUGAGACAGAAUGCAUUUAUGUCCUACUGGAAGCAGAGCCAUAGAAGCAUGAGGUGUGCAGAUAGUCUUGAGAUUUUUUUUAGCUGCUUUUGUAUAUCUAGUCAGGCAGGAUAUUUUAGGAAACAGUGGCAAUGACAAAAACUGCAUUCUGUUACUGGAACAGCAAUCAGACAGUAUUAAACA